GUCAUUCCCUGUCAUCCCCUCUCGAAGCCCUGCGGAGUUCACACAAGCCCUCGGAGCUCUUCGGUGUCGACAAUUCACUCCGACGCUUAGUAGCUAGCUAAGCUGCCCCAGGCAUCCAUCUAAUAUGACGACGCGAUACCGUGUUGAAUAUGCCCUCAAGACCCAUCGUAGGGACCAAUUGAUUGAAUGGAUUAAGGGACUUCUCGCUGUGCCAUUCGUCCUUCAUUCGCAACCGACCGCUAUCUAUCAUGAGGAGAGCGCUAAACUGGCAGCUGUGGCCACGGCUACGCAUCAACGCUAUGGAGAAAUCAUGCGGGAUGUCGAGAUUUUGAUAAACGACCACAUCGCGCAUUACAAAUCCAAACGGCCUGGUAAAUCCAAGUUGAAGCUCCUCGUUCCAACUGUGGGCCAAUUCUUUACCCCUCUCCUGCUCGAAGAUGCCUUUGUUUUUCAGGAUCAGAGACGUCAAAUUAGUCGCCGUCGGUUCGUUGCGCCGUCAUUCAAUGACAUCCGACUAACCCUCAAUACUGCCCAACUCAUGGGUCUAGCCCGCGGCAGUCAAAUCCGACUUGUCACCCUUGACGGCGAUGUGACCCUGUACGAAGAUGGCUGCAGCCUAAUGGAAGACAACCCCGUUCUUCCACGGCUACUACAUCUUCUAGAGCAAGGCAAGAAAGUCGGCAUCGUCACUGCAGCCGGCUAUACCGAGCCGUCUAAAUAUUAUGGCCGCUUAAAGGGCCUGCUUGACGCCAUCAGUGCGCAUCCAUCCUUGACUCCUGAGCAAAAGAGCGGACUUGUUGUCCUUGGUGGUGAAAGCAGCUUCCUCUUUCGAUACGAUCAAUCCUCGCCCGACCGGCUCACGUACGUGUCCCGCUCCGAAUGGCUUCUUGACGAGAUGCGCGCCUGGAAGGAGGAUGACAUCACCGAACUCCUCGACAUCGCCGAAGCAUCACUCAACGAAUGCGUUAGCAAUUUGAAGCUCCCUGCGGCUGUUCUCCGUAAGGAGAGAGCUGUGGGCAUUUUCCCCUUGGAAGGACAGAAGAUGCACCGUGAGCAGCUCGAGGAAACCGUCCUCGUUGUGCAAAGCAUGCUUGCGCGUAGCGAUGUGGGCAAUCGCUUGCCUUUCUGUGCAUUUAACGGUGGAAAUGACGUUUUCGUUGAUAUCGGUGAUAAAGCCUGGGGCGUACGAGUGUGCCAACGAUACUUUGGCGGGGUCGAUCCUUCCAUGACUUUGCAUGUAGGCGACCAGUUCCUGUCAGCGGGAUCUAAUGAUUUCAAGGCACGGACAGCUUGUACAACAGCUUGGAUAGCGAGUCCUGCGGAGACGGUGCAGUUGUUAGACGAGAUGGCCGAGCUAGAAGGACAGGAGGGUUCCAAGUAAAAGGAAAAUAAAGCGGCAAGAUUACUUAUAAUCUCUUCAAAUUUGGGUGUUUGGGUGUGAGUUUGUUGACAAUAUGUUUAUCAACAUCAUAUAAUGUAGA